CGGGCAUCAGCCUACCUAGCUAGAAAGAUAGGAUAGGAUAGGAUAGGAUAGGAUAGAUGGAAUAGCAAUGCUUACACUGCUAUUCAAAGCUUGCUCUCACUUGCUCAAUCUUCAUCAGUCCUCAGUCUUCACUCCUCAGUCUUCACUCCUCAGUCUUCACUCCUCAGUCUUCACUCCUCAGUCUUCACUCCUCAGUCUUCACUCCUCAGUCUUCACUCCUCAGUCUUCACUCCUCAGUCUUCACUCCUCAGUCUUCACUGGCUCACGUUAUUGGGUAGUUUCGCCCGACGCUCACUGUGACAUGGCCGGCCCUCCUAGCCAAGCUCAAAUCAUCCAAAGCCACCAGCAGAGAUUCCACCAACUCAUCUACCAUGUGCUAUUCCGAACACGGCACGAGCACCAAAUCCGACAAUUUGGUAGGCAUGAGGCUGACGUUGAUUACGAACCAUGAUUUCUCGUGUCGGCUGAUAACAAUUUACAACGUCAAGGCAAUACUACAUGAAUUCCCAUCGUCGUACAGACAACUACUUGGAGUACAAGGACUUGUUGACCCCGGUAAGCAGAACGCCCCGGGCGAGCAGUUGUGUUUUUCGUCCU